AUGUCAGCGCCGCAUAGCUUUUUGUUGGAUGCACAGUCGGCGGCCCUGUCCCGCGGUGCAACACCACCAUUCAGCAGACGUAAAACCAGGGCCUGCUGCGCCAAGCCAGUCGCCCAAGAAAAACUAAGAUUCCAAGACCUGCCAUUCGGUAUGGCGAGCCAGAACAGGCAGACCUGGUUUGUUGAAACUCCGCUAAAAUAA